AUGACAUCAAUUCCACCAUCUACCAGAAACAUGUUUGUUGCGCUCCAGCAAACAAACAAGCGUUUAUGCAAUGCACAUUGUGUAUGCUACACCAACAACAUCAUUGAUGGUCAAUACACACAAGUAUUGUUGAUGUACACUUUGAGUUCCAAGGCUGUAUUUUUUGUAGCGGGAAAGUCGUGGGAAAGCUGCACAUUGAGUUGCACUGUUUUGAGUUCCACUUUAAACAUCUGUUCAGCAAUCAGUCCAUACUUUUGA